CUCUUUUCGCACUUUCUACUUUCUGCCAAAUAGUAUAAUAAUAAUAACGCAACGUAUCCAAAAUCAUCAAAACAAAAUCAAAUCAAAUAUAAACCCUAAUCCCCACUCAGCAGACAAAGAUCAACAAAUUUAACCCUAAUUCACAGCAAUGGCUGCUCAAAUUUGUGCAACCAUCACAACAUGCAAAUCCUCAUUCACAAACAAAAUCACCCAAUUCAUCAACAACAACCAACAUUUUCCCCAAAAGCUUCACUUUCCCAAUUCAUUGGUGCCGCCAUGCGCAUCCCUUAAAUUAGAUGUAGGAGCACCCAACACAAAUGCAGAGGAAAGUGUGGCGAAGAAGAAAGCGAAAGAGGUGAUUGAGGAAGAAGGGAAGUACAUAGUGGGUACUUAUGCAAGGACACCGAUUGUGCUUGAGAGAGGGAAAGGGUGUAAAGUGUAUGAUGUUGAAGGGAAUGAGUAUUUGGAUUUGAGUGGUGGGAUUGCUGUUAAUUCACUUGGUCAUGGUGAUGAGGAUUGGUUGAAAGCUGUUGUUGAACAAGCUGCUGUGCUUACUCAUGUUAGCAAUAUUUAUCACUCUAUUCCCCAGGUAGAACUUGCAAAGAGUUUAGUAACUUCUUCUUUUGCUGAUCGUGUAUUUUUUGCAAAUUCCGGAACUGAAGCAAAUGAAGCAGCUAUUAAAUUUUCUAGAAAAUAUCAGCAACACGUAAGUACUGACAGCAAAGUGCCAGCUACUGAGUUCAUAGCUUUUAGCAAUUGUUUCCAUGGGAGAACCCUGGGUGCACUUGCUUUGACAAGUAAAGUGCAGUACAGAGCACCUUUUGAACCUGUUAUGCCUGGAGUGACCUUUUUAGAGUAUGGAAAUGCACUGGCCGCUGUUGAGUUAAUUCGACAGGGCAAGAUUGCUGCAGUUUUUGUGGAACCGAUCCAAGGAGAAGGGGGAGUAUACAGUGCUACAAAAGAAUUUCUACAGUCUCUGCGAAAUGCUUGUGAUGAAGCUGGAACACUUCUUGUGUUUGAUGAGGUUCAAUGUGGUUUAGGUAGAUCAGGAUAUCUUUGGGCUCAUGAGCCUUAUGGAGUCUUCCCAGACAUAAUGACACUUGCCAAGCCUCUUGCUGGAGGUCUACCUAUUGGAGCUGUCCUCGUAACCGAGAGAGUUGCGUCCGCUAUAAAUUACGGCGACCAUGGAAGUACUUUCGCAGGAGGUCCACUAAUUUGUAGUGCUGCUCUUGCAGUUAUGAACAAAAUAUCCAAACCCGAGUUCCUAUCUGAUGUAUCAAAGAAAGGUCUAUACUUCAAAGAACUACUGAAACAGAAAUUGGGAGGAAAUUCGCACGUGAAAGAGAUUCGUGGUGUGGGGCUAAUUGUAGGAAUCGAUUUAGAUGUGUCCGCGUCACCAUACGUAGACGCUUGCCGAAAUUCUGGACUUCUAGUAUUGACAGCUGGAAAAGGUAAUGUUGUUAGGCUUGUUCCGCCGUUGAUUAUAACAGAAAAGGAGCUCGAGCAUGCAGCUGAUAUUCUAUCCCAAACUUUGCCUGUUUUGGAUGCCAAUUAACAAAAGUAGGAGAAAGAAGCUUUCCCUUCUUGCUGGAAGUCAUCAUGGAAAAUUCAUGGAACUUUUUGCAUGAAGAAAUUGUGUUGGUGGUAAGAAAAUUCUUACAAGGCUAUGUAAUAUUUAUUGUAUGAUGAAUACGUGGCUGAUCAGAUGAUUUACAUAGUUAUUUAUAUCAGAAAUGUUUGUGGCUAUUUUGCCAUAUGAAGUGUAAUAACUGCGGGUUUCCUCAUUUAUGAAAAAGAAAUUGGGACCUGAUACGAAAUAUUUGAAAAAUAUAUAUCUUUUGGAUAUUGUACUUAA